AUGGCGGACUACAACUACGGCGGUUCGGAGGAGGAGAAUGCGGAGCUGAGAAAGCUGGAGGUUGAGUUGCUGGAUGAUCCCGACAACUUUGAGACUUGGGAGAAGGUUGUCCGCGGCGCCGAGGCCCUCGAGGCUAUCACCACCGUUCGCACCAACUACGAUCGCUUUCUCGCAAAGUUUCCUCUCCUCUUUGGCUACUGGAAGAAGUAUGCCGAUCUGGAGUUCUCCAUAACCGGCACCGAAGCCGCAGAGAUGGUUUACGAACGCGGAAUCGCCAGUAUCUCCCCCUCUGUAGAUCUCUGGACCAACUACUGCGGUUUCAAGGCCGAAACCUCCCAUGACGCCGACAUUAUCCGAGACCUCUUUGAGCGUGGUGCCAAUUGUGUUGGUCUUGAUUUCCUUGCGCAUCCGUUCUGGGACAAGUACAUUGAAUACGAAGAGCGAGUCGAGGCACAGGACAAGAUUUUCGCCAUUUUGAGUCGUAUCAUUCAUAUCCCCAUGCAUCAGUAUGCGCGAUACUUUGAGCGGUAUCGCCAGCUAGCACAAACCCAAAUCGAGGCAGCUUCAUCCGAAGUUCCUCCUGGUGCAAAGGCCGAGGCUGAGAUCGAGCGUGAUCUGCGAUUGCGUAUCGAUAACUAUCACCUGGAAGUUUUUGCCAAGACUCAAGAUGAAACAACCAAACGCUGGACUUACGAGUCGGAAAUCAAGCGUCCCUACUUCCACGUUACUGAACUGGACGAAAGCCAACUGGCUAAUUGGUCGAAGUAUCUUGACUUUGAAGAGAGCGAAGGCUCUUACUCUCGCAUCCAGUUCUUAUACGAGCGCUGCCUGGUCACUUGCGCUCACUACGAUGAGUUCUGGCUCCGGUACGCCCGUUGGAUGACUGCUCAGUCCGGCAAGGAAGAGGAGGCGCGCAUUGUUUACCAACGCGCUAGCUGUCUCUAUGUUCCAAUUGCGAAUCCAACCAUCCGGCUCCACUAUGCCUACUUCGAGGAGAUGUCUGGUCGGACAGAUGUCGCCAAGGAUAUUCACUAUGCAAUCUUGAUGAACCUGCCUAGUCACGUCGAGACCGUCAUCUCACUCGCAAAUCUCUGCCGUCGCCACGGUGGCCUAGAUUCCGCGAUCGAGGUCUACAAGACCCAACUGGAUUCCCCUGAGGUUGACAUGUCGGCCAAGGCCGCUCUUGUCGCGGAAUGGGCUCGGCUCUUGUGGAAGAUCAAGGGUGCUCCCGAUGAUGCCCGUAAGGUCUUCCAAGAGAACCAGCAGUAUUACCUCGACAGCCGUGCGUUCUGGACCUCUUAUCUCAUGUUCGAGAUUGAGCAGCCGACUAGCGCUGAGGCUGAGUCGGUUCAGUACGACCGUAUCAAGCAAGUCGUUUCUGACUCUCGAUCCAAGAGCACACUACCUGCCGAAAUCGUCAAGGAACUCGUGCAGAUUUACAUGGCUUACCUGCUUGAGCGUGGUAUCAAGGACUCCGUCAAGGAGUACAUGACUCUUGACCGUGAGAUCAAUGGCCCACCUUCCAUCGCUUCCAUCAGGACCGGCGGAACUGCCAUCGCUGUGCUACCAACUCCCGCAGAAGUACUACCGGCAGUACCUGCUCCCGUUCCCGCACCCGUGAUGCCCGAUACUCAAGACCCCGCAGCCGCGGCGCAGGCAUAUGCCUAUUAUCAGCAACAGGGAAGCCCUGUGAAUGGCGUUCCGGUCGCCUGA